AUGCCUUCAAGGGCGAGAAGCAAGCCUGGUCAUGGGAUAAGAAGGACCUUGGAGAUGUCGAUCUUGAGGUCUUGUGCGAGGAGGAAGAAGAAGAAGAUGGAGAAGGAGAAGAAGGGGGGUCUUGUGCCGGAGAUCUCGAGAAGUGGGGCGAGGGAGCAAAUAAUUUAA